AAAAAGGAACUUAGGAUAAGAGUAGACGGGUCAUUCUUGAGUUGGAUAUUCAGACAAAAAUGGGUGAGAAAUUUGCAGUGAAGCCACAUGCAAUCAUGAUUUCAGUGCCUUAUCAGGGUCACGCCAACCCAUUUACCCAUCUCGCGAUCAAGCUAGCUUCAAAGGGCUUUACCAUCACUUUUGUUCAUACCCAAGAUGCUCACCAUAGAAUAUCCAAAUCCUACCAGAAGCUUAACAGCACAAGUAGUAGUGACGAGGUCGAUAUCUUCUCGGAAGCUCGUGAUUCGGGCCUUGACAUACGUUACACGACCAUCGCUGAUGGUUUUCCUCUCGAAUUCGACAGAGACCAAAACGUCAACGAGUACUGGGAGUCUAUACUUCAUGAUUUUCCAUCUCGUGUCGAUGAGUUUAUUGGGAAUUUGAUUGAGUCGUUUGAUCCGGAGUUGUUGCCGUUCUUGGUUGCUGAUGCUAUUUAUCCAUGGCCUGCAACAAUUGCGAAGAAGUACAACCUAGUAAAUGUCUCCUUCUGGACAGGGCCAGCGGCAGUGUUGGCCAUUAAUUAUUAUUUCUUCGAUCAUCUUAGAGCAAAUGGACAUUUUCCACCUACAGAUGAUCCCUUGUACUCCAUUGAUUACAUUCCUGGAGUUGAAUCGAUUAGUAGCAAGGACUUGAUGCCGUAUCUUCGAGAAGCGGACACCACAACAAUCGUUCACAAGGUUCUUCUGAGGGUAUUCGAGGAGGUUAAGAAGGCAGAUUUCAUCUUACACAACACACUACAAGAACUAGAACAGCACACUCUAUCAACCCUGAACCAAAAACAGCCAACAUAUGCAAUAGGGCCUGUCAGCUUUUCUCCUGACUGUAUCAAAACCCGCGUUUCCAAGAGCCUGCUCUUUGAAAUAGAUUGCUCCAAAUGGCUUGGAUCAAAGCCUCCCAGCUCAGUCUUGUAUGUCUCAUUUGGUAGCAAUGUUCCGACCAAUAAGCAGGUAAUUGAAGCGAUAGCUCAAGGACUUCUCCUCAGUGAAGUAAGUUUUAUUUGGGUAAUUCGUCCCAAGAUUGUCCGUUCCAUUGAUGACAACAAAAAUGUUUUACCAGCUGGAUUUGAGGAUAAUUUAAAGGAUAAAGGGUUGGUUGUCCCCUGGUGCGAUCAAAAUGCUGUUUUUUCCAAUCCAGCAGUUGGAGGAUUUUUGACGCACUGUGGAUGGAAUUCAAUAUUGGAGAGCAUGUGGUACGGUAUUCCGCUGAUUUGUUAUCCGAUAAUGUAUGAUCAGCCUACUAACCGAAAAUUGGUGGUUGAUGAUUGGAAAAUUGGAGUUAAUCUCUGUGAUGGUGUUUCGGUAGAUGGGGCAGAAAUAGCUUUGAAGAUUAAGCAGCUAAUGUGUGAAAAAACAUCGAUUGGCAUCAGGAAUGAGAUAAUGAAAUUCAGAAGCGUACUGCAUGAUGCUUUGUCUGAGGAGGGAUCGUCCAACAGAAACUUUGAUCAAUUUAUCCAGGACUUAAGACAUAAAAUGCAUGUUGGGAAAGAGAAUGUAUCAUCAACAAUCUAGUUGUUUUUUAAGAAUUGACAAAAUGUCUGAACUACAUAUUUUGACAUUUAGAAAUAUCAUGAUGUCGGAAUAUAACGCAAGUUAAA